CAACAAAUUGGAGUUGUCCCCACUGUGGCCAAUGGAUGGGGUGGUGCCCACCAUGAUGAGGAUCCCACCAUGGCCACCAUGAAUGGAGUAGUCCCCACCGUGGCCAGAAACGGGGUGGUCCCCGUUGUGGCCAACGUGGCGCCGUGUGUCCCCCCAACCCCGGUCCCGGCAGGCGAUGAGUCCGGGGUGGCGCGGGCGCUGUUCCAGCGGGUGCGUGUCCUGUGCUGGGUGAUGACGAGUCCCACCACCCUGGAGACCAAGGCUCGUCACGUCAGGGCCACCUGGGCCCGUCACUGCAACGUGGCCAUCUUCAUGAGCUCCCAACCGCCCCCCGCCUUCCCGGCCGUGGGGCUACCGGUGGGGGAAGGUCGCCACCAGCUCUACUGGAAAACCAUCCGCGCCUUCCAGUACGUCCACCAGCAUCACCUGGAGGAGGCCGACUGGUUCCUCAAGGCGGACGAUGACACCUUCUUGGUGGUGGCCAACCUGCGGUGGCUCCUGGCCCCCUACCCCCCCGAGACCCCCCUCUACUUCGGGAAACGCUUCAAGCCCUUCGUGGGGCAGGGCUACAUGAGCGGGGGGGCCGGUUACGUCCUCAGCAAGGAGGCCCUCAAGAGGUUGGUGGCCGCUUUGGCCAACGGUUCCUGCGGCCACAGCAGCCCCGUGGAGGACCUGGCCCUGGGUCAGUGCCUGGAGAAGGUGGGGGUGGGGGCGGGGGACUCGCGGGACAUG